AUGACUUUGCCCGUAGAUAGUCCUAUCUCAAGGGUCCCGACCUCCGAGUCCGCCACAGUAGAAGAAAACCGGAUGCUACGCCUCCGAGUGAUGGAGAUGUGGGACGCUUGGACAAACGGAAAAGACCCCCCUAAAGCCAUCCCUGGAUUUCCCGAGUUGUCCCCAAGGCCAACAGGAACCUCCAAUGUUCCAAUCAGUCAUCCGAACAUCCCAUCAGGACAGCCUGCUAUAUCUACUCACUCUGUGGGAGGCACUUCUGGGGUUCACCUCCAAAUGCUCAUGCCCGGGACGGCUCCCAACAUCUUCACGGCUCCACUAUGCUCUGCCACAGUACAACAUUCAUUGCCAGAGCCUGUUUUUGAUCCUUGGGUGUUCCCUUUCCAGAAACCCGUCCUGCCUACAGAUCCACCAUCAUCUGAGAUUACCGUCGAAGCUCCCAAACAAGAUGAAAAGUAUGAUGGGCACGGUGAUCCCAUCGCUCACUUGAAGAAGUAUUGCAAUCAACUGCGGGGGGCCGGUGGCAAAGAAGAAUUGUUGAUGGCAUAUUUUGGGGAAAGCUUAAUUGGCAUUGCUUCAAAGUGGUAUAUGGACCAAAACGUCUCACGAUGGCACAUUUGGGAUGAUCUGGCCAGAGAUUUUAUUCUGCAGUUUCAGUAUAAUAUUGACAUCGCGCCGGACAGGAAUUCUUUGUCAAACUUGAAGAAGAAACCCUCAGAAAGCUUCGGAGAAUAUGCUAUUAAAUGGCGCGAGCAAGCAUCAAGGGUGAAACCUCCCAUGGAUGAAAUAGAAAUGGUCACUGUCUUCCUCCAGGCUCAGGAGCCAUAUUACUUCCAAAACAUGAUGUCGGUCAUGGGUAAACCUUUUGCAGAGGCCAUCAAAAUUGGUGACAUGGUAGAACACGGUUUGAAAACGGGUAGGAUUUUAAGUCAGUCGGCCAUUAGAGAAACCUCCCAAGCCAUCCAAUGCGGGUCUGGAGGAAUGGCCAAGAGCAAGACAAGAAAAGAAACAACCAUGGCGGCAUCAAGGGAAAGAAGAUACUGGAUUGCUAGACCACAGGCUAACAGAAAUCAACCUCCAUUCCAAAGAAACCAGCCUCCUCACCAGAACCACUAUAAUCCUCGACCUCCCCAAAAUAACUUUCGUCCCCGGGGACCACCCAAGAGACCUAACUAUACACCUAUCGGUGAAUCCUAUUCCACCCUGCUCCCUAAGCUUGUCCAGAUGAAUCUGCUGCAACCCAUACCUCCAAAUAGGCAAAACCCGAAAUCACCUUCAUAUCAGCAGGGAGUCAGGUGUGCAUACCAUUCAAGGGUAGAAGGGCACGACACAAAUGAUUGUUGGACUUUGAAAAUGGCAGUGGAGAACUUGAUAGAGCAAGGAAAAAUAGUGCUAAGGGGUGAGGAAGUUCCCCAUGUGACCAAUAAUCCGCUGCCCGCUCACGAUGACGGGCCGAUAAUUGGGAUGAUUUCUGAGGUCCAAGAAUUUGAUCCAGCCUUAAAAGCUAUAAUUGCUAUUGCCGAUGCGGAAAAGAAGCCCAAGGCAGCCUCGAAACAAGAGAAAGGGGAAAAGAAGAGUAAAAUCGCCGAGACAGAACAGGAAAAGGAAAUUGAUGUACCCAAGCAAGCCUCUGUGGUCCGGGGGACAAUUAAACCGCUUUGGCUGAAUGAGCCAGUGGUUAUUGGACGCGUGCCACAGAAGCCAAUAACAGACCCUGCUGCGAUGUCAUAUAAGGGCAAAGAGAUCUUGGGAAAGCUUCAAGAGACGGAAGAAAUGUGUGGGGCGAUGAGGAAAAUGCUUCAUGAAACCCACAUAGUCCAGUCAGGAGAGGGCACCAGCACCGCUGAGGUAUCAUACACGGGACCCAGCACCAAGCUUCAAAACUGGAAAGCUACGCCAGGCAGGAGUCCCAGUAGACUCGUCUUGCCACUUCUUCUACAUCACGAGUUAUCUUAG